UAGAAAACGUUGAAGUUUGCGGUGACGGAGAUAAUUUUCCUGCUUCUUAGAUAUAAUUUAUAACAUUUGAGUACAAAAUACGCCAAAUAUUUUCCAAAUUUUGUAAAAAAAAACAAGUUCAGUAAGUGACUUUCACGCGUAACAUUUCCAAACAAGCAAACUGCGAAAAUGCCACCUAAGAAAGGUAAAGGUAAAGGCAAGAAAGGUAAGAAAGAGGAGAAGAAGGACCCAAAUAAGCUGACCAAUGUGGAUCGCGCCUUUUGCGAACUCACCAUAACCGAUCUUAAUCAGAAGCUUGCACGUCUACGCACACAUCUCGCUUCGCUGGAUGACAAUAAUGUCAAUCUUAAAGAUAAACUGCGUGAAAUAGAGGAAGAUCACACUGAUGUGGCGGCACAUUUGGAGCGUACGCUCGGCGAACGCAACGAAACGAUACACGAGCUGGAAGAGCGGCUCACCGAGAUCAUCAAAAUACGCGAAGCGGAGAAUGCGCACUCCGCUGAGAAAAUAAGAGAACUGGAGACAAAAUACAAGUCCAUGCAUGACCAGCUGACGUCCGAAAUUAAGCUGCUCAACGGUAAAUUGAACUCGCUCGACGAAUUUCGCGUGCAACGCGAUCUGCUGCUCUCCAAAUUCGACGAUCAAGAGACAGAGUUGAAGGAGAAAGAACGCGCACAUACCGAAAUGCUUUACGCAAUGGAACAGAAAGCGGUCGUGGAGAAGGAUGCGCUGAAGAAAGAGGUGGAAACGAAGCUACUGCAGGUAUCGGAGGAUUUUACGCGCUCCAGUGAGAUACGUAACGCCGGCUAUACACGUCGCUUGAUACGUGAGAAUAUCGCCUUGCAGAAAGAAAUUGACAUAUUGGUUCUGUCGCAAAUUAAAAUGCAACAACAAUUCAAUGAUCAAGUAGUGCGACAUAAAGAAAUGGCCGAGCAAUAUGCGUCCAUGGAUCAGCUAAAGAAGCAGCUAAUACGUAAUUCACAGAAUAAGAUUAAGAUAAUCGAGAAGCUCACCGACAACUACGAAAAGCUUAAGUCCAAGUAUGUGGAGGUCGCUAAGUAUCGCAAGUUAUACGAAACCGCAGUGAAGCGCGACAUAUGCGAACGUUUCAACUUUAAGGAUAUGUCGAAGAAGAUGCGUCAUUUGGAGCAACGCAUCGAAGAGUUGAAGAUGGAGAAGUCACGUUUUAUAGCGAUGCAUCAGCAGCAUGAAACCGAGAUACAACGUUUGCGCGAUAUCAUCAUACAGAUCAAGAGCACCGUACGUUCGGCCAUCGAUGCCAUAGAUAAACCAUGCGACAAGCAUGCAGCCAGAGAGAGUAUGUCGCAGGAAGCCUUGCGUCAACUGCGUCGUCAUGAUUUACUCACCGAGUUAAUGGAUAUUGUAAGCAGUCACUCUGACAAGCUACCGCCUACACCUUCGGCCUUGUCGAUUUCACGUUCCACCUCCUCAGUCUAUCGUCCCGGCAAAAUGGGUUUCAUGCCGCGUAGCGCGUCUUCGCUGAUGGAAAUCUUCAAGCGUACCGCGCAUAAAGCAGCAUCUGCUGAUGUUGUCGCUACCGAAUAUCAAAUUCAGCAGGUUGAGAGCAAAAUCAUACCGAAAGCACGUGAACUGGGCGGUGAAAAUUUAUUUGAUGUGGAAAUGGGUUCUACUUUGUAUGUGUCUUCGUCGCACGAAGCCAUCGAGACGGUGGUGCCGGUCGAGGAUGAGCAAGUGGAGGGCGAAGAUGAGGGCGAGUCGAGCAGCGCCGAUUAUGGCUCAUCAGCAGCACGCGCCAAACAAUCGGUCGUUACGACGCCGGCAGCUGAAGUUGAAGCACCAACGACUGAGCGUCUCUCAAUGAAGGUGCCGCAACGUUCCGAAGCCGCCGAAACUGCCUCGCAGCGUGGUAGCGAAUCUGGCUCACGUGUCAUUUACGAUGUGGAAUACGACGAGGGCGACGAAGAAUUUUCGAUCAAUUUAUUUUAUUGA